GGAACACUGCUCUGCUGCUGUUCAACACUGCUGCUUGACCGAUUCUUCGAGCCGGACUCAUACACGCAUCAUGAGCAACAACGGCCAGGGCCAACCGGCGGUGGGUCAACAUCAGGGUCCUCCGCUGGCAGUGGCCCAGCUGCCUGGGGCGCCGCACGCGCCACCCCCGCAGCAAGGAGAAGGAGCAGGAGCAGGACCAGGAGGAGCAGGAAAUGGUCAGGGGGGUUGGGGAGGAGCCGCGGGCGUUGCAGCCGCCCAAGACGCUGCAGCAGUGCCAGCAGGCCACCAGAAUCCCGGUGGAGCAUAAUUUUAACAAGGACAGGAGUGGACUAUGGAACGAGAGGAACAAGCGCAGAAGGGGAGCUGAUCGUCGACCUCUUGGUUCACGGAUCACUGAGCACCAGCACUUUGAAGGAGUACCGUGGCAUAUGGACCACGUGGAAAAACGAGAGAGCCAAGGCAAACUUGGGACCGUGGCUAUGAGAAGAAGAUGGCGUCGAUAGCGCAGUGGUGUGAGAGCUGACCGUGUUCAUGGCGUCAAGGUGUCUUGUAUAUAAUAAUCACAACCAAGAAUCACAACCAAACGAUGAGAGGAUACCUGGCGACGAUCGAGUACGUCCACAAGCUUCAUGUAGGGUGGGCAUUGCCAACGUCGCACGUUAGGGUAGUAGCGGUGGGAAAGGCAAUUGAAAGGGUGCGCGCGAAGUCGGAAUCGAAGCCAGUGGCAAGGAAACCGCUGACCGUGCCCAUGCUA